CGAACUAUAUGUAGCGGGCUUUUGCCUUCGAUGGCGGCGUUGUUGCUGUGUGUGGACCCCUACAGAGCUGGCUACGGGGCAGUCAAAUGUCUCGUAAAGGAACUCCCUCCGCUUGCAAGUCAAAACAAAUCCCGCGAAUCUUUCGUAAUCGACGUGGUUUGUGUUCGGUACGCGGUUGGCCGCACGGAGAUGUCGGCGUCACGGGUGAAUCGUCUUUAGGUUACGGUGAAUCGAGUCUGUUGGCCGCUACGCCGGACGAGGACAAAAGAGAGGAAACAAAUAAAAAAGGAAAACAUAAAGCGAGAGGCGACAAGGACGAGGAAGAGACGACGGUUCCCUACCCAGAGAAGGUUUGGAUAGUAGAGGGUAAUCGAGAGAUUAGCGACGGUGUCCCGGAUCAGUCUAGCGUCGUCGAGUCAUCAAUCGGUAAAGCCGCCGAUGUCGAGACUGUAGCAGACAUCGAGAAAUGGUUGAAGACACGUACGGAGUCCGUGUCGAGCAUGGAUCUCGACGCGAUCAAAUCGGGGGUCGAGGAGGGCGUCGACCGGUACCUGGGCGAAGAACUGCAGCACGCUUUCCUGGAAAAGGACCCUGACGGUUUGUCAAUUGACAUCGAUUUGUCCGAUAAGAAACUUAACCUAACUUACGAUCCGUUAUUACAAGAAUUGCAAAAUGAGAAGCUUCUCGACGAAAAGGACGGUUUCAUACUACCGGAGUUUCAGCUGGAUCAUUUGGAUCCGUUGGCUCUUUCUCCGGACGAUAUGAUGGUGGCCGGUGAGAUCUUGCCGUCGACCAGCGCACAACCAACUCUUAGUGUUCCAAAUGGAGAUGUAGGUGGGAUGUGUGCAGAGACGGAGCAGAACUCUUUAAUUAGGAAGGGCAUGAUCACCGACGAUCAGGAAUCCCUUAGUAAAUCUGCACAAGUUGUUAUCGACGACUUACACGUCAUAGAGACUGCAGACAAAGAGGAUAAUAUUAAGUCUCAGAAGAAUGGCAGUACAAAUCUUUAUAUGCAGGAUCUGGGCGUCGAAAAUGCAGUAGAUGAAUUGUCGAGUGAAAAGUUAGUUGAGGAUGAUGAGGAUAAUGUUAUAAUUGAUCAGUUGAGGACUAGAACUAAAGUCAAGUUGGAGCCUAGGAUUAUUAAAAGACGUAGGAAGUUAUCGGAGACAGAGGAGAAGAAAUUAGAUAAUGAGAUUAAAAUAUCUGGAGAGGAUUUUAUAGACACUGAAGAUGGUGUGAUGGCUGUUGUAGCAAUAUCCACUGAUAAAAUUUCAAACAUGACACAGAUUGUUAUCAACACUGGAACGGAAGAACAGAUUUACCAAGGGAAGACUUCUGAAUUAAUUGAAGCUACCGGGAAUUUUCCCAAAUUACCAAAAUUAGAUACUUCGGCUGCAUGGAACAGCAAGGUAGAACAAACUGACAACCCAAAUAAUCAUGAAAUGGUGAUAUCUAAUGCUCUAGAGGAACUAGGCAUUACUGAUGAUAAUUUACAACCAGUAUCUAUUACGGAGCAUGGAAAAGUGUGGGUCUGCCCAAGAGACGACUGCUGUAGACAAUUUAGUAAGCUUUAUGCCUUGAAAGGCCACUUAUUAGCUCACUAUGGAGUAAGACCCUUUAAGUGUGACUUUGAGGGAUGUGCAUGGGCAUUUUAUUCAGAAUUUAAGCUUAAGCGGCACAAAGAAACACACUUGAAACGUAAAGACUAUGUAUGCGAGGUAGAAGGUUGUAAUCGUCGAUUUACAACAAUUUACAAUUUAUGGAGCCACGCGAAGUUACAUAGUCGGCCAAAUAGGAUAGUGUGUCAGGUGCCAGACUGCCAAGAGAAGUUCCAAACGAAGAGGGCCCUAGAACUGCAUAUGAAAUCCCACGAUCAAAGUCAUGCUCCAUAUGUUUGUAAACAUGAAGGGUGUGGGAAAAGAUAUUAUAGUAGUAAUGCUUUGACCUCGCAUCAAAGAUGCCAUAGUUAUAAAGAAGUAGAUGUAAAAUGUUCGUGGCCAGGCUGCGGAAAAGUAUUUGACAAGCCAUGCAGGCUCAAGGCGCACACGCGUUCCCAUACUGGUUGCAAACCUUAUCUUUGUACAUUUCAAGGCUGCCAAUGGGCUUUCUCGUCCUCUAGUAAAUUAAAGAGACACCAGAAGAAACAUACCAAUGAACGAAAAUUCGUGUGCGAUGUUCCAUCAUGCGGGAAAGCCUUCAUGAGGUCUGAACAUCUUAAGGAACACAGACUGACCCACAAAGAAGGGAGAUACUUUCAAUGUUUUUUAUGUAAUGCUAAAUUCUCCGCGAAAAGUAGUUUAUAUGUACACAUAAAAAAGCAUCAGGUUAAAGAGGUACUAGAGACAAAUCCACGUGACUCUGUUAACGGUCAAAAGCGUGGCAAAGUAAAGGAAACUCAGUGCUCCAGGGUAAAUCCGGUUGUGAAGUCGAAAAGAAAGUCAAUAGACCUGAAUGUAAAUACAACUUGUCUGGCCUCACCCACUACCGAGGAACUCGAACUGAACACCAGUCUAAGGAAUAAUAAUGAAAAUCAAAUAAAAGUUGAACCAGUGCCUCCGCAAGAUCAACCUAAGACAUUGUAUUACUGUCCGGUUGAAACGUGUACACGGUCGUACACUACAAAAGCCACGUUAAGAGCACACAUGUUGAAAGUACACGGUACCCCAGUUGAAGAAUGUGAUAAAUCCUCGAACGUCGUAUCUGGAAGUCCGGUUUGCAAUAUGGACUACAUUUUAUAUACCGCGCCUUCAGUGUCGGAGCCCACGGAUCAAAUGAUAAUGGUAGCGCCGUGUGAUGCUGUCAUCCUUAGCACUUCCAAUGAAACAGAUCGCUCUCUACCAGAACCAGAACCACCACCUCUUUCUAACGUAAUGAAGACAUCUGAACUUCCUUCAAAUAUUACAACGCAUCAUCAGUUAUCUCAUCAACAAGUGAGAAAGGACCAGGGGUCAGCGAGAACCGACUUAACGUUUUCUGACGUAUGGAAAUUAAAAACGAAUGGUGCUGUGUUAGAUUCUGGUGUUGGAGCAUCUGAUGUUGUAUUAGGUGCAAGUGAUUUAGAGGAAGGUCUAUUGCUCACAGAGGAAUUGCCUUCCAUGUAUUAUCAAGACGAUGUAGUAGGAACAGAGUAUCAGGUACUGUUACUUGACUCAGUACCACCUGAAAGUACUAUAAAUCUUCGGGGACUUGAAUAAUAGAAAAGGGUGAAAACCGAUCAUUGUUAUUUUUUAAAGUAGGAUAAGUUUUAAUAUGGUCUGUGAUCAAAGGCUUCUUUUCAGCCUUACAUUCAUUUAUACAGCAGUCCAUAAUUGCUUCAAAUCGUUAUUUUAUUAAUAAAUCGUUGCUAUUUUUCCAGAAUGUUUGUCCAUUGUUCUUCUACUGUAUAUAAUAUUCCUGAAACCUUAUAUAUACAGUAAACAAUACAUAUGAGAAACGAGAAAGAAAAACGAAACAGAUUUUUACACAUUUUGUAAAUAGUUUUACAUACUGUGCAUUUAAACAUUAUAAAUUUUCACGUAAUACCGAUUCGAAUUACCAUCUGUAUUCACGAGGAUUUAUUGUUAAAGAGAAGAAUUUUUUAAAUGUUUUUAUAACAUUGAUAUAAAAUGCGAUGCUAAAAAAUAAUGGACUGAAAUUAAAUGCUUUUACACCUGUAAACGUGUAUAAAUACCUCUAUACAUCAGACACAUUCUUAUCGCAUUAUUUUUAUUCGUUAACAAAUCUCGAUACUGACGACUAAAAUUUAUACUAAUGGAACUAUGAACCACAGUGUCUCUUCACGUUUGUUUGCUUUUGUAAAAU